AUGAAAAAAGAACUCAUCGAUGGGACAGUUGACGAGAAUUUUGAGCCAAUCAGGGAAUCAUUUCGACACAAUUUCACUGAAGGAUGGGAACGAGGCGGUGCUGCUUUUGCUGUUUAUUAUCAUGGAAAACUGGUAGUAGAUUUAUGGGGUGGUUAUGCCGAUAAAUCGUGCAAUCGUCGUUGGAAUGAGGACACUAUCACCACCAUUUUCAGUUGUACAAAGAGUGUCGCUGCAAUUUGUGUGGCAAUUCUAGUGGAUCGUGGAUUGUGCAAUUACGGAGACAAAGUUGUAAAAUACUGGCCUGAAUUUGGUCAGAAUGGCAAGGAAGACAUCAAUAUUCAAAUGAUACUUGCUCAUAAGGCCGGUCUCCCGUAUUUCGAACCUGCUCUAACUCUUGCCGAUCUUACGGAUGGUCUACGUAUGGCCACCAUUGUGGAACAGGAAGCGCCAAAAUUCCUGCCGGGAACCAGGACGGCGUAUCAUCCACUGACAUAUGGUUGGCUUGUUGACCAAAUAUUCUGUCGGAUCGAUCCAAAACAUCGAACAGUCGGCCAAUUUUUCCGAGAGGAAAUUGAAGCAAAACAUCACGUUGAUGUUCAUAUCGGUGAUUGUGCGGCGGAAGAGGUUCGAGUGGCACGAUUGACUGGCUUGAACCCUUUACUAGCCGUCAGGGAAUUUUUAUAUGAUCGGAAAAUUGCGACAAUUGGACGGUAUGCGCUGGAUCCACGAGGAUAUUUCUCGAAAGGACUAAGGAACAUGCGAAAUUUCGGGAAGGGCCCUAUUAAGGACUUCACUCUUUAUAAUAAUCCUGAAACUCGUUAUGCUGGACAACCAGCAGUGAAUGGUGUUGGAUCGGCGAGAGGAUUGGCACUGGUUCACCAGUUAGCCAUGGACGGCACGCUAUUGUCUAAUGAGUUAAAACAGAAAAUCUUCCAACCACUAUUCGUGGACGAGUUCGAUCACUCAAUAGGCGAACUGCAAAGCAAAGGCUACGGUUUUAUGUUCACUCGGAGUCCUACGGGAUCAUGGCAAGUCGGCCAUAUGGGCGUAGGAGGACAAAUAGUACGAUUUGAUCCAGAGAACGAUAUUGUACUGUGCUACCUCACAAACGCCUUUAAGGCCGGAUCUGGCGAACAUGUCUUCACCUACAAUCGAUUGCAACGGAAAGUAUAUGAGAUUAUUAAGAAAUGA